AUGCAGACAGACCCCCGUUCCGCCGCCACGUGUCUCAUUUUCACUCUGUUACUGUCACUAUCUUCUUCCUCCCCUUUACCAUCAACGCCUCCUACUGUGUGCAUCAUCGGCAGCGGCAUCGGCGGCUCCUCGGUUGCUCACUUCCUCCGCCGCUACACCACCUCCAACCCUCACAAUGUCACCGUCGGCCAAAUCAGAAUCUUCGAGCGAAACGGCCAUGUCGGAGGCCGAAUGGCCACUGUUACGAUUGCCGGCGAGACGUUCGAGGCCGGCGGUUCCAUCCUCCAUCCGAAGAACUACCACGCUUUGGAGUUCGCCAAGUUACUCAAUCUCACUGUGAAAAACCCUCCCUCUUCCUCCAAGUGUUUGUCAUUGGGGAUUUGGAACGGCGAUAAGUUUUUAUUCGAAACGUUUUGGACGAAUUCCGGAUAUUCGAUCGUUCGGAGGUUCUUCUCGCUAGCUAAUUCGGUUAAGAUGUUCCUCCGCUACGGCCGUUCGCUCCUCCGUAUGUCUCAUCUUGUCGAGGACACUCUUGGUCGAUUUUUGAAGUACUAUGAAGCAUUUGAGUCUCGGCCAGUGUUUGAGAGCGUGGAGGAGAUGCUAAAAUGGGCAGGACUGUAUGAUUUGACGGCAGAGACUCUUGAGGAGGAAUUGUUGAGAGCUGGGUUGUCUCCUCUACUUAUUCAAGAGCUUAUCACUGUGAUCACAAGAAUCAACUAUGGGCAAAGUGUCAGCAUCAGUGGCCUUGCGGGUACAGUUUCUCUGGCAGGGUCCGGAGGAGGCUUAUGGUCUAUUGAGGGAGGAAACUGGCAAAUGGCUGCUGGACUGAUUAAUCAAUCCAACAUUGUUUUGCACCUUAAUGAAGAAAUAAAAUCUCUUUCUAACAAUGCUGGUUUGUAUGAGCUUAAUUCAUCGUCAGGCGGGAGUUACACAUGUCAUGUUGCUGUAAUUGCGACCCCCUUAGAUGAGGUGAAUUUGAAGUUUACACCAAGUGUUUCAGUUCCUAAGAGAAAGUUACAACACACCUUUGCCACUUUUGUUAGGGGCUGUUUAAAUCCCGAUUUUUUUGGCCUUAGGAGGGUGUCAGACAUCCCAGAAUUGAUCGGCACCACUGAGACUUCUCGGGUACCAUUCUCAAGCAUUGGUACUCUCAAGCAACAUAAUGAGGAAGACAUGACAUACAAGGUUUUCUCUCGCCAACCUUUGUCCGAAGAUUUACUGGAUGAGAUAUUUAGGGUGAGAAAUGAGACCAUCAGAAUAAAUUGGGCCGCAUACCCUCAGUACCACGCUCCUGAGAGAUUUGCACCAUUAGUUUUGGAUCAAUCGCAUCUCUACUAUGUGAAUGCAUUCGAAAAUGCAGCUAGCACGAUGGAAACUAGUGCUGUUUCUGCAGAGAAUGUCGCUCGUCUCAUCAUUUCGAGACUUUCUAGUCAUUCCCUUUCGUUCACAUCAGACUUGAAGAGUUUGGACAAUCACAAACAGCAACUGCAUUCGGAUCUCUGA